AGUCAAGUCAAACCCAACCCCCACCAAUCAUUCCAUCAAAUUGAUAAAUAAAUCAAAUCAAGUCACAAUAAUGUUGUUAUUCUCUUGAAAAGUAUAAUUAAUUGCAAUAAUAAUGUGUUUUUUGACCUAAUAAACAGAAUAAGAAGUGGAAGUUUAAAAUAUUCAUAUUUGUUUUGUGUAAUACAGAAUGAUUUAAGAAUCUCGUCUACAUGUAUUUAAUGGAAGAAAGGAAAUUAUGAGUCAACAUAAGUUUUGGAAGGGGAUAAAAGCUUGUACGUUUUCAGAAUCUAACCAGGUUCCUGAAAAAAUCGUGAAACUGUGUUCUCUUGGACCGGAAGUGAUCGUUCUUGGCAAUGACCAUGGCCUUUAUCAUAGUAGCAUUGAAGACGAUUGUUUAAACUUUAGCAAAGUCAGCGGUAUAUCAGCAAUAGACAUAUCACACCACAAUGAUACCCUUUACAUUAUCGACGUGCACGGGAGGUUAUACAAGACCAAUUCUAAGUUUGAAAAUAAAGAAGAAAUUGUUGUCCGGGAGGAUGCCAAGUGUUGCCCCCACGGUUUCAAAAGUUCCAGUUUAAAAGUAAAGUUUCGUAAUGUAGUGACUAGUGACUUUGGACAGCUGUUUAUUAGCAGUGAGGGGCAGCUAUGGGGCUCUGGUGUUAUGCCCCAAAUUGGUUUGGAGUCCACUAGCAUAAAGAAAGUGCCAUUUUUUGAUGGCAGAACAGUGUACAGUGCUUCUAUUGGUGAUGAUUUCGCGGCCGUAAUAGCUAGGAAAAAUGUUCGUCAAUCUGACAAUUGCGACACGGAUAGUGACAAUGAUGAUGAGGAGGUGUUUGCAUCAAAUUGCUCACAAUGUCAAACAUCAAUAGGUUUGGCGUCCCCAGCUUCAGUGCCAUCUCUGUCGGAAACCUGCCCCCUUGGAGUCCAGCUCAAUAAAUCCAGUGAAGACUCCAGCAGCACCACAGCCCCACAAACUGAUGUCCAUAUAGAUGCUCAUAGUUUUACAGAAGACUCUAGUCCCUCAUCGGAAGAAUCGAAAAUAGCUAAAACAAAUUCAAAUCAAAAAGCCCCUGAUAAAUUAAAACCAGAACAAAUUGAAGAUGAAAAUAAGAGCAGUGAGGUUGAAACUGAACUAGAUAAUGAAGCCACAGAAGAAGGUAAAGAAAAGCUUAACAAUAUUUUUAUGAACACAGAUGCAGCCAAGCAAUUUUUAAGUAAACAAUUAUCAUGGGUUUCAGCAGGAGAGGACUAUCUUGUUGAAUACACAGAAAAACCUACAAGAAUUAUUAAAGAAAAUGUCUCCAACCUAACAAAUUUUGUUUAUGAAGGUGUCAAAACAGUAGGGGAUAAAGUGGUAACACUGUCAAGACAUGUCAGUGGCAGCAGCGAUAACAAUGAGGCUGUGGAACUCCAAAUGCGAUUGCAACAUGAGGAGAUCAACUCCCUCAUGUACAGUUGCACAUCUGAUUGCCGUCUAGAAGAUCUCCAGUUUUCCACUAGCACAAUCAGCAGUGAGAAAGAGUUUGAAGUUGUGAGGAAAAGUGAAAACAUAAAGAACAUGUCCAAAUUAGGUAGGAAUGUCCUAGCAACUGAACUGUGGACCUGGGGCGACAUAACACACGGGCAGCUUGGAGUCGGAGACACGGUCAAAAGACUGAAACCAAUGGUUGUCAUGACCCUAUCUGGUUUCGGGCUUCAGAAAGUGUCUUGUGGUAAAUGGCACUGUGCAGCUUUGACAUUAGAUGGCAGACUCUUCAUGUGGGGCUACAAUCACUUUCAUCAAGUCUGUUUUGAUGAUAGAGAAGACAAGAGUGGUCCUAAACAGUUCACUGAAAUCUCUGGCGGUGACAGAAUUAGAGACAUGAUGGCAACAGAUCACCAUACACUGGCCUAUACACACAACAGACACAUUUUAUACAUGGGUAAGCAUGCAGAUGGUUAUACAAAAACAAUAGAAAAUUUAUACAAAUUGCCUGUAGAAGAGAAUGAUAUCACAGAAAAUGGAGAUGUAGAACUUGUCAAGCUAAAUAAACUGCAAAAUUGUUUAAAUAAACCCCAAAAUAUGUGCUACCAUUCACUAAUACUAUCUUCUGGCAACAUAACAUACUGUUCAAUACAAACAUAUGAGGAGUGCAACAGGUUGCUGCCCAGCCUUGGAUUUGGAGAUCUCUCCAUUGCUCAAAAAUAUUUAGAAGAAAUGCUCUUGAUAUAUCAUUGUCUAGUUAAGCCUUUUCUGAAGAAAAGUAAAGCUAUCAUCCUACAUUCUAAUGUGUAUGAAACUGUUUGUGAUAUCUACAGUGACAUAUUAAAUAUUAAUGCCCUGAAUGUGCUAUCAAUGUGGCAGUAUGCAGAGAAGCACAUAAAUGAAUGUGAUAUUUCUUUAAUCAAAAAUUUAGAAGAAUAUAUUUAUUUGUACAGAAAGUAUUAUUUAGCUAUAAGCAAUUUGAUUGUUAUUGGUGGGUUUGCUCAAAUCAACAAUGUUAUUGAUGUCCCAUCAAGUAUAUACAAUUUAUUUAGUGAUCAGUUGCCAUCAAACAAACAGAAAAAUAAUAAGAAAACGCUUGAAGCCAUAGUAGCACUCGCGUUCGUGCAACCCCUGACGAGAUUGAGCUCACACAGAUGCAUUAUUCAAUCCUUGUUACGAAAUAAGGCAAACAACAAACACGACAUAGAUCUAGAUGACAUGAGCAAUAUAGACAACAGGUUUAAAAAAGUCCUAUCGUCAAUGGACUUGUUAAUAGAGGAGCAAGAAAAGAAACGAAAAGAGGCUGAUGGGACUAAACUUUUCUGGGAAACUGUAGGGAAAAGUUUAGACCAGUACAGGACACCUGAACGCCGUUUAGUCCGUGAAUCUAAGUCCCGUCAGCUUAGCUUAGUGAAUCCUGGAAGGUUUUCGUCUCACUGGUUCGUGUUGUUCAACGACUUGUUCAUUCACGUAAACGGGAGCACUGUGAACGUUCACCCUUUGAUAACGCUUUGGGUAGAAUCGGUUCCGAACACAGACUCUUUAGCCAACGUAAUACAGCUGACAACUCCUGAGGAAGUGCUGUCUGUGUGUACAAGCUCAGAGCAAGAGAAGACUGAGUGGAUUCACGCUCUUAAUUCCUCUAUCAAGUCAGCUUUGAACAAGGAAUCUUUGUUCAAACCUCCAGCAAUCAGAACUGCUAGUCACACGUUUUCCAGCAAAGGUGCGUUCUUCAAAGACGCGAAGUACCAGGGGCGAUGGCUAGACGGCAAGUUGCAUGGCAGUGGGAAGAUAGAGUGGCCGGAUGGGAAGCUGUAUGCGGGGCAGUUUCAGCUGAACGCACUGUGUGGCCAUGGGAAGAUGGAAGAUCCUGGGUUAGGAAUCUACGAAGGCCAAUGGAAAGAAAACCUCCAGAACGGUUACGGUGUCCUAAAGUUCAUAAAUGGGGAUAUAUACGAGGGAUAUUUCAAAGACGGGUUAGCCCACGGACAUGGGGUGAAAAAGCAGGGCGAUUUCACAUCGUCCAACGCUACGAUUUACACUGGGGAGUGGAGUAAUGGUGUGAAACAUGGAUACGGAGUCAUGGAUGACAUCGGGAAGGGUGAGAAGUAUUUAGGCAGUUGGAGCGACAAUAAGAAACAUGGAUGCGGCCUAAUUGUGACCUUGGACGGAAUUUAUUAUGAAGGAUUGUUUAUGCAAGAUGUGUUAACGGGUCACGGAGUAAUGGUAUUCGAAGACGGCACUCACUACGAGGGCGAGUUUCGCUCAGCCGGCGUCUUCUCCGGCAAAGGAAUUCUAACCUUCUCCAGUGGAGAUAAGAUCGAGGGUGCUUUGCACGGAGCUUGGACCGAGGGCGUUAAGAUCAGCAAUGCGACUAUGCACUUGAAUGUUUCGAAUCCUGUGCUACCGGCGAACCCAAAACCGAAUUCCUUUGGCAAACUCUGCGUCGCGCCAAAUCAAAAAUGGAACGCACUGUUCCACCAAUGCUUCAACUGUCUCGGCGUCUCCGAAACUCUUCUCACCCCGACCGGAAACCAUUUCGGAAACGGAACUGCCAACGGCAUAGACAACAAGAAAAUCUGGCAGAAUGUAGCAGUAGCUAUAUCAUGUUCGCAUAAAGAAAAACAUAAUAGGAUGUCUAUGAAAAAACCUAAACAGAAAGUUGAAAAAUCGGUGGACUGUUUGGAAGUGAUACCUCAGUUUGGGCAGAAGAAGUUGGAUUUGGAUGAUUUUAAGGAGGUUAAGCAGUACCUACAUAAUGCCUGCGAAUCCUCCCACCACCCACUCGGCCAACUAGUCUUAAGUCUAACCAACGCUUUCAACACCACCUACGGAGGGGUCCGCGUACAUCCUUUACUACUAAGCCACGCCGUCAAAGAGCUAAAGAGUAUUACAGACCGACUGUACCAAGUUGUAAGGUUGUUGUUUCCUGCGCUGCCGCCAGAGGGCGCUGAGGUUGUGCUCAGGAGUAAGGACGAGGAAGUGGAUGCGGAGAGUGAUAACCCUAUUGAUGGUGAGGUAGUAUCAGGGGCAUCCCUCCUCCAACCCACUCUACUACCGCGCGUGCACCCGGCUUUAUUUGUCCUGUACGCGCUACAUAACAAACGGGAAGACGACCUGUACUGGCGACGACUGGUCAAAUGGAACAAGCAGCCAGACCCUACCCUCAUGCCAUUCCUCGGCAUAGACCAGAAAUUCUUUAACGGCUACACAAACCGUUCUCCCCCCGGCUCGCCGCACAAAGAGCAAUUAUUCCAAGAGGCGGUGGAGACGCUACAAAAGCUGAAGACUACCUUCUCACCCAUGGAGAAGCUGAGGGUCAUCAAGGAGACGUUCCAGACGAUGACGGUCGCCGUGCAGCACGAGCUGGGCCAAAGCUACCUCUGGAGUAUGGACGAGCUAUUCCCCGUGUUCCACUUCGUGGUGGUGCGCGCGCGCAUCCUGCAGCUCGGCUCCGAGAUACACUUCGUGGAGGACUUCCUCGAGCCCGCCGUGCAGAACGGCGAGCUGGGACUCAUGUUCACCACCUUGAAGGCCUGCUACUUCCAAAUACUACAAGAGAAGAUGUCGAUAAACUAACGAUAUACAAGACUCGGAACCUCGGAAAAUGAAAACGGACUAUUUUACCAACAACGUAGACAAGUAAUGUGAUUAUCCGAAAUACUUUAUUGUUGGUCAGUAAAUAAGAACAAAAAAAACUAUACACAUCCUUUUCUUUUGGAUGCUUGUACCAGUGAAAGACAAAGAUAGUAUGAUUCUGUCUGUUUAUGUUUGAAAUGAGACAGUCCAUUGACUAUUUUUUUUAUUAUUAUUGAAAAGACAGAAAUGUGUCCUAGAUUUUUCCUAACAACUUGAUCUCAAGUUCAUACUUUUUCAAAAUCGUCGAUUAUGACAAGGACACAGUCAAUUAUUAACAAUACUUAUCUACGUUUUUGGCUCGGUUAUAAUCUCGCAAUACUUUAUGGUGCGUUAUUUAUUUUACCUUUAGACCGCCACUAAUCUACACAACUAAAACUACCUUAAUACUUUAACAUAAAGUUCAAAUUCCUCUGUCGAGUCUUAGAUAUGUGGCGUUCAAAAGGUUGCUUGGUCAGCAAUAAUGAGGGCUACCGUUUUUGUGGUCACCAGUUGGCGCCACUGUAGAUGUAGGUCCAGAAAAACAGAUUCAAAAUUCUUCUAUGCUUAUUUUUAUAAAAUCAAUACGUUCUAAUAUACACAAAAGUAUUUUAAUGUCUAAAUGUGCCAUUUUUUCGACCUGUUUAAUUUUGCAUAUAUUUUAGUUGGCACUUUUUUUGAAACACUAACAUUCAUUAUUUAUUUGUCGUAUGGCAUUUACAGUUACUGGAUUCAAAUUGAAUUCUAAUCUAAAGAUUAAGGUUUGCACUCUUCAAAUACUCGAUGGCCCUUUCACUUUGAAUUUGGUGAGAGGGCAUUCCAGAAGGAUGUGUUCGACCGUCUGCUCGGGGUCACCACACAUGCACUGAGGGGAGUCACACCAGCCCCAUUUAUGCCGGUGGUAAGCACAGUUUCCAACGCCUGUUCGAAUGCGGUUUAAUUGACUCCAUACCCUGCGCGGUUUGUCGAAGCCAGGUGGGCGGGUUGAGUGUGAAUAGAUGUUCACCAUUGGAUUGUUGGGCAUUCCACUCAGCCAUCCAUGAAUCAUGUAUAUCCCACUCGUUGUCAGCAUGCACCAUAUCAAGAGCUGGCGGGUUACGGGACUUGAGUCGUUUUGCUCCGAAAUCACUGAGAUCUUUGUGGAUAGGCAGCGUGGAUUGGUAUUUGGUUUUUAUUGCCUCUCGGAGAUGAUACUUUUUUCGCCGCAAGUGUGGUGGUUCUAUGCCGCUAAGAGCAGGGAGCCAGAAAGUUGGAGUGGGUUUGAGGCAACCAGUAAUCAGCCGCAUGGUUUCGUUCAGCUGCACAUCCACGGCACCAGCAUGUGCGCUGUUCAUCCAUACUGGAGCACAGUACUCAGCCGUAGAAUAAACCAGUGUCAGUGCCGUGGUACGCAGACAGGACGCAGAGGCUCCCCAAGAGGUUCCAGUAAGUUUCUGGACUAUAUUGUUCCUGGUCCUUAUUUUACUUUUCAGCUUCUCGAUCUGCAAUCGGUAUGUUAGGCUUCUGUCGAGUGUAACUCCGAGGUACUUUGGGGAAAUAUUGUGUUGUAGGAUUGUACCACGGAAUCUAACUAUAAGGGUCUUGUGUGCGAGCCUAUUGGACAGGUGGAAACAGCAAACUUCAGUCUUUGAAGGAUUUGGGCACAGACGCCAACGGGUGAAAAAGUCGUCCAACUUCGCCAGAUCCUUCUCCAGUAUGGGUUCCGUUGUUUCCAUGCUCCGCUGCUGAGUUACAAGAGCCAGAUCAUCGGCAUAUCCAAGAUAUAUUGGCGAGAUACAGUACUAGGUUAUUUAUGUAUAGGUUAAACAGCAUUGGAGCUAAGACGGAGCCUUGAGGAAGACCGUUAUUGAGCACUCUUACUUUACUGGCCGAUUCACCAAGAAACACCUGAAAGGUCCUGUUUGUGAGGGUGUCCUCAAUUAGCCUGAAGAGUUUCAUACAUGGGAUGACCUUAAGGAGUUUGUACAGUAUUCCUUUCUUCCAGACGGUAUCAUAGGCUGCAGUGAGGUCAAUAAAGGCUGCCGAUGACUUUAGAUUUUUACUGAAUCCGUUUUCAAUGUGAGUAGUCAACGCCAGGACCUGAUCAGCGCAGUUCCGGUUUGGUCUGAAUCCAGCUUGCUCCGGUGGUAUUACCGCAUUGAUAGUCUGUAGCUUUCUGCUUUGUUCAUUGAGCUAUAUCUAUACCAUGAUUAAUCAAUGAUGGACAAAGAUGUACCACAAUUAUGAAUAAGGAGUGAAAAUUCCCGAUAAAAAAGCUUGAAACCCCCAAAACGUCUAUGCAUUUGACAUUUUGAAAGACCUCCGUCUACACUAGCGCCCCUAGCGGCAACAUUAAACGCAGUAGCCCUCAUUUGCUUAGCAAUGUAACUCGUUAAUGUUCAGAUGUAUAACCGAUGUUGCAUAGAAAAAGCAUAGAUGUAUGUUGUCUGGUGUAACAUUUUUACCGUGAAGAAAUAUCUAAAUAUCUCAUUUUCAACUGUAUAAUUUCCUAAGAUUCUUCCUAAUUUAAGGCAUCGUCUUCAUGAUUCAAGGCUAUAUAAAAAUAAUGUCUGACAAUUAUAUGUACUGGAAUCAAAAAUAAACCUUCUUCUUCUUUUCCUGUUACCCCCUGCUGGGGUGUAGGGCUCGAAUCUUGUUUUUCCAUUGACUACGGUCUUGGGCAGCUUGGGUAACCUCCUCCCACCCCAUCCCCAAUAUACCCAGCUCUUGCUCCACAGAACGACGCCAAGUGGAUUUAAGGCGACCAUGUUUCCGCUUGCCGGGCAUCUUCCAGGUCAAGGCCACUUUGGAAAAAUCAACCUAAUCGUUAUAAAAAAAUUUAUAUCACAACAGCUGGUAAAGGCUCUCUUGAUUGUUCAAAAACGAAUGGGAAAGUUGCAUUUUAUCCACAUGUGGAGCAAAGUAAUGAAAUGCAAAUUUUGAGUUGUUUCCUUAUGUUGGUUGGUAGAAUUGACUUUUAAAUUAUGAUUUUUUGAAUAAUUGCUCUGUCGAUAUUUUAUUUAUAAUUUGUUGCCACAGGAAGUCGUGGCUGGACCAUCCUAUCUUGAAUUCGCGUCUGUUAAUUGUGUUUCUGUUAAAACAAGCGUAUUCGAAAAUUAUUGGACUUGAGAUUAUUUUUAGACCAUUUCUGCUACUUAUAGCUUCCUAAGGCCCACUGUCCUACCUAUAGUACUGAUUACUUCAAUGUAUUUUUAACCAUUUUAUAAUUGGAACAGUGUUGCAUUUUCUUAUGUGGUGGGCCUUAGGAGAACUUAAUCAAUAUUGUAUUGUUUGGAUUGGUAGAUUGGUACCUAAAAUGCACGUAUUUUUUAUGAAAUGCAAAAAUCCACCAGCAACAAAAAGAUUUGCCGUUUUGUAGUAUUUGGUUCCUAAAUGUGAAAAUUAUGCCGUUGAGCUAGGAUUUCUUGUGAUGCUAAAUUUCGUUUUUUUUUAUAAAUUAGGGACUGAAAUUUUGGGGUAAUUUGCUAAUUUGAUAGUUAUAUCAUUACUUGAAUGCGAGUGAAAGAUUAAAAUAUUUUUAAUGUAUAGAAAUUUGAAUGUAGAAGUGUUUCUAAAAAUAUAAGCCUUUCUUAUUAUUCGUUAAAAAGUGCCAAAUUACUUAUAUUUUAUUUUGGGAUUAAUUUCUUCAAUAUCAAGAUGGUAUUUAAUUUACGUUUAUCUUAGGCAUAUUUUUUGUAACAUAUUAUCUAUGUAUAUAAAACACUUGUACACGGUGCUCUCAGCUGCUGAUGUAGAUAAAUGUUGAACAAACUUUUAAAUUUCUAUGUUAUCAUGAAAAACAUUCCAAACUAAUAUUUUUGAAAAUAUGUUGUUACCUUCAUGCUACAAGUAGUCUCAUUUUUAUCGAGCUUUAAUAUUGAACUUUAUUAGUUAUUUCAAAUUAGCGUAUAGUUUGUUAUAUUGUAUAUAUUUAGCCUGUAAUUGUUAUGUUAUGCAAAAUAAACUCAAUAAGUAUAAAAUAUUAUUUUUUAUAAACAAACUAGCCUUAGCAUAUUAUUCCAAAGAGUAAUUAGUACAAAACUGAAAUUGUUGUUUAUUUUAAUUAUGGUUUAGUUUCGCCGUUUAGUUAGGAAAAAACUUGUACUGUGGUAUUUGAAAUUAACCGAACUUUGUCAUAAAGAAAAACUUGGUCUAAUAUCUUUUUAGUGUAUUACCAAUUGUAUCGUUUAUGAUUGUGAAAAGUGCACACGUGUAAAAUUUGUUUCUAUAAAUAUACUGAAAAGCUUAGACAAAUUGAAUCCAUAAGAUUGUACUAGCAAAUAUACAUACAUAUAGGCGUUAAACAUUUCCAUACGUUAAUUUAUCACUUAGGUACCACAAGUACCUAAUUUACACAAAGCUACCUAAAAGCAGAUGUUGUUAUAGCAUAGUUAUGUAGAGAUUGUUAAAUGAUCACAAUUACUAUGCACCUUCAAGUACCAUAUCAACAUAAAUUUACAUCUCUUCGUGUGUCUGAAGUGUUAAAAUUAAAUAAUUGUAACUACAUAUAAUAUUUAACAUUUAAUAAAAGUUCGCGGCAAAUUACAAA